UCUGCUUACCUACGUGUACGGCAGUGGAGUUUCUGUGGCAGAAGCGGCGGACUCCAAAUCCCCAAACCCCUGUGAAAUGUUAAGCCCUGGACGCCUCGGUUUCCAGUAUGGAUUUGGAAGAGGCUUUUCUAGCUGCAGGAGAGUUCGGGCGGUACCAGAAGAGGAUGAUGUCUGUGCUGGUUCUGCUGCAGAUCUACAUGGCCUGCCAGUCCAUGCUUAUCGUUCUGGUGGGCGCCGUUCCAGAGUACCACACAGAGUCUGUCACCGAGAAGGGCGGAGGUGAUCUGACCCAAAGUGUGGCAUUCACUGAAGACUUCAGCUCCAUUGUGACAGAGUGGUAUCUGGUGAAGCAGCAGGCGUAUAAAGUGAGUCUGGCAGGGUCGCUGUUUUUUGCUGGGGUGCUGAUCGGGAACGUACUCUUUGGACCACUCUCUGACAGAAUCGGGAGGAAACCCGUAUUUCUUACCACGUUGUUUUUUGAGCUGCUGUUUGCGUACGGAACUGCGUUGGCACCCAACUACGAGCUAUUUGCUCUGUCCCGGCUGCUGGUCGGGAUGAUGAAUGGAGGGAUGGCUCUGAUUUGCUUCAUCCUCUCUCAGGAAUAUGUGGGGAAGUCCUACUGGGCUCUGACAGGAACGCUGACUAACAUGACCUUUGCGGUGGGCAUUGCUUUGUUCGCUGUGCUUGGCUACUACAUCAGACAGUGGCGUAACCUAGCAACGGCUGCCAACUGUCCUGGGGUGCUGCUCUUCCUCUUCUGCAUCACCCUGCCGGAGUCUCCGCGGUGGCUGUUCUCUCGAGGGCGGACGAAUCAGGCCGAGCGAGUGCUGCAGAGUUUCGCUGUGAGGAACGGUAAAGGCCGGAUUACUCUGAAGCUCCGGCGAACGCCCGGCUCGUCCGGCUCUGAGGUGCCCAGUCCGGGACUUCUCGUUUUAGCCACUCACUCUGUACUGCGAUGCAGGACUGUGGUCCUCAUGUAUGUCUGGUAUGCCUGUAGUCUGGUGUAUUAUGGAUUAACCAUGAAUGCAAGUGAGGAUAAAGGCAACCGUUACCUCAGUGUGGCCAUGUAUGGACUGGUGGAGCUACCGGCCUAUCCACUCUGCAUUUACUUCAUCAACAAGACCUGGGCAGGGAGAAGGAAGUCAUUAGCCAGUUUUCUCAUUCUGGCAGGGUUGUGUUGUCUUAUCUCCAUGUUUCUACCUGUUCAGUCAGGCUCCUGGGCGAGUGGAAGCUCUCUGGCUCUGCUGGGAAAGCUGAUGGUCAGCGCUGCCUUUAACAUUGUUUAUGUUUACACCUCAGAGCUCUACCCCACCGUCAUAAGGAAUGCAGGGCUGGGUGUGUGUUCCAUGUCCUGUAGGGUGGGAGGUAUUUUAGCUCCAUUCGUACCCAGCAUGAAAGUGCUGCAUGCAUCAAUGCCGUUCACGGUCUUCUGUCUUAUUGGGGUGACGGCGGGAGCGCUGGGGCUUCUCCUUCCAGAAACACUCAAUAAACCUGUGGCUGAAACCCUAGAGGAACUCCCCUCACCAGGCUACCAGCGCAUGAUAGAGACCCAGGUUCACCUGCUAGAAGACGACCACCUGUCCAAACGCAAAGGAUCUGAAAGUGAAUGAGCUUUAAAACUAAAAGUGGCCAAACACACAAACACGUACAUGCACUCACACCACAGUGAAUUGGUAAAGAACUCUAAGCAGGCCAGUUUACUCUGAAGGAGAAGGACCAAGCUUCUAAACUCCACAAUAAGGCCCAUUAGUGGGGGUGAAGACUGGACCAAGAAGAGACACACUGUGUGUGUGUGUGUGCGUGCAGGAUUGUACCAAACUGACUCAAAAGACAAGAAUGUGUGUGAAUGUGUGUUAGUAUUUGGAGAUGUGCCAAACCGACCGAUUCAAAAGUUUGGAAUAUCUUGUCACGUCAAUCAUGGACUUCUACUGUGUGGAUUAAAAAAAUACACUCUAUAAUAUAGUUAAUAAACCAACUUCAGAUGGUUCUUUGAGUGAUGCCAAAAAUAUAUAUAAAUUAGAGGGGAUAACGGGGCGUAAUCAUGAUAUGUUGCCUGCAAUAACAAUUAAAUUACGAUAAUAUGUUUCUGUGAUACUCGAUAUGUCGAUAUGUAAGAAAUUUCUCUACAAUAUUUAAUAGCAUCUUUGCUAAUGAAGAGGAUAGAAUACCCCUGAAUGAGCAAAUACUAGGAAUUAUAGAUUUAUUACUGUCAGUUUCACAAAAUGUAACAACCAAUAUCCUAUCAAUAUGAUUAUAGAGCCACCAUGUGGAGUAAUGAAGCAGCAAGUUUUGUAUGUUUAAUUGGGGGGCGAGUCUUAGGGAGUUUAGAGUUCCUAUGUUGCAAUAGAAAUAUCAAUAUUUGAUGCCACUUAUCAAUAUAAAUAAAUCGAGACGAUAUAUCACCAUAUCAAUAUAUUGUCCCACCCUUUAUUCAACCAGAGAUGUUGAAUUUAAAGGGCCACAUUAAGUGAAGCUCUUUUAAACCUUAAUAAGGUUUUUACAUAUGUAUAUAUAAAGCCAAAUGUGGUCCUUUUGAUUGCAUCCUCAAAGAACCAUUUGACGCAUCUUUACUUUCAUUCCAUUUCCAGUCAGAACAGUCACCGAGCACAAGUUCUUAAUUUUUGAACAGCAGAAUAAAAGGCACAAAACAUCUUUUUGACAAAAAUACAUCUGAAUCUAAUUUCAGAUUUAGAGAGAUUUAAAGCUUCAGCUUCACCCUUAUUACAGCUUUCAUUCCUUUCAGGAGUCUCACUUUCAUUUUCAAGUUUUAGCAGUUUCUGCUUCUUCCCACCAAGUUCAGAAUUAGAAGCUGCUUUUCAUCACCACCCUACCAAGCCCUUCCAAACACAUUCAGUGAUGUUGAGGACUGGAAUCAAUAGGGUAUUGUCAGACCAGCAGAAGCUUCAGCAGUUUAGUUGGUGUGGUUGCUGUUCUCAGUCGGAGCUUUUUGAUCUGCUCCACUACAUCACUACAUUUGCUUUACAUUAGUUUUUUAGUCAGCACCAUACUUGCACUUGGUGUGCGUGUUUCUAUGGAAAUCCACGUAAACACAACAGCGAGUGGAAAUGGAGGAGCUACUGAAUGCGAUGUCCUCCUGUUUUUUCAAUUGCAGUCUGGAUGCAAGAGUUUUAUCACUGAAUAAAAGUGUGAAAUAUUUUU